CCCCUCUGUCCUCCAUUAGAGCUCGGCUCCAUCCCCGCUGUACGGCGCAGGCCCGAAGUAGCGCAGCCGCUCUGAGUCAUCGUACCGUGGAUCCAGCUGUGUAGACCAGGUGGCCGAUAAUGGACGAGCACGUCGUUCACCAGACAGAACACAUGACCACCAUCGAGGCCAGCGCCGUCAGCCAGCAGGUCCAGCAGGUACACGUGGCAACCUUUACUGAAGCAUCCAUGAUGAGCGCAGAGGAAGACUCAACGUCCUCACCGGAUGACGAUCCUUAUGACGACACGGACAUCCUCAACUCGGCUGGCACUGAUGAGGUCACCGCCCACCUGGCUGCUGCAGGCCCAGUAGGCAUGGCGGCGGCUGCUGCCGUGGCAACUGGUAAGAAAAGAAAGAGGCCUCAUAUCUUUGAAUCCAACCCCUCCAUCCGGAAGAGGCAGCAGACUCGUCUGCUCAGGAAACUGCGAGCCACCCUGGAUGAGUACACGACCAGAGUGGGCCAACAGGCCAUCGUGCUGUGUAUCUCUCCUUCCAAACCCAACCCGGUGUUCAAGGUGUUUGGUGCUGCUCCUCUGGAGAAUGUGGUGAGAAAGUAUAAGGGCAUGAUGCUGGAGGAUCUGGAGAACGCUCUGGCUGAACAUGCCCCCGCUGGUGGAGAGCUGGCGUCAGAGCUGCCCCCUCUCACGAUUGACGGCAUCCCCGUCUCUGUCGACAAGAUGACCCAGGCCCAGCUGCGAGCGUUCAUCCCAGAGAUGCUGAAGUACUCAACGGGCCGAGGGAAGCCUGGCUGGGGUAAGGAGAGCUGCAAGCCGCUGUGGUGGCCUGAGGACAUCCCUUGGGCCAACGUCCGCAGCGACGUCCGCACAGAGGAGCAGAAGCAGAGGGUGUCUUGGACGCAGGCGUUGCGGACCAUCGUUAAGAACUGCUACAAGCAGCACGGCCGCGAGGAUCUGUUGUAUGCUUUUGAGGACCAACAGAUAACCACAACAACCCCCACCCAGCACCACCUGACCACCGCGCAGAGUAUCGCUCAUCUUGUGCCCUCACAAACGGUGGUACAGACCAUCAACAACCCCGACGGGACAGUCUCGCUCAUCCAGGUUGGCACGGGACACACGGUUGCCACCCUGGCGGAUGCUUCAGAGCUGCCCGGUGUGACGGUGGCGCAGGUCAACUACUCCACUGUGACUGAUGGAGAGGUGGAGCAGAACUGGGCCACGCUCCAGGGCGGCGAGAUGACAAUCCAAACCACUCAGGCCUCAGAGGCCACGCAGGCGGUGGCGUCCCUGGCUGAGGCCGCCGUCGCUGCCAGUCAGGAGAUUCAGCCCGGAGCCACCGUCACAAUGGCUCUGAACAGUGAGGCAGCAGCCCAUGCUGUGGCGACGUUGGCUGAGGCCACUCUACAAGGCGGAGGGCAGAUUGUGCUGGCAGAGACCGCAGCUGCUGUUGGGGCGCUGGCAGGGGUUCAAGAUGCCACAGGUCUGGUCCAGAUCCCGGUCAGCAUGUACCAGACGGUCGUGACCAGCCUCGCCCAGGGCAACCGGCCCGUCCAGGUUGCAAUGGCGCCUGUGGCCACACGCAUAGAUAACACUGUCACGCUGGACGGCCAGGCGGUGGAGGUUGUGACCCUGGAGCAGUGACAUUUACCACCCCGGAAAGAGUAGAAGGCACUGAACGGCCACCGUGGAGAUUUGUUUAUCCUACUGUUUUCCAAGACAUCAUACUGUGUACAAUGUCAAAUAUAUUUUUAAAUGUACAUCUGCAGGGGAAGUAAAGUGAGCUAUCAAUGCAUUGUGUUUAUUAUGUAAAGAUAUUGCUUUUGUUGGUGUUUUUUUUAGCUUCAUGGGUUUGUUUGUUUUUUUUUGUUUGUUUUUUUUUUUAGCUCUGUGAUGUUGAGUAUUUAGUAUUUAUUUCUUUACAAUUAACCUUUACUUAAAACAAAGAUGAACCAAAAAGCCUGGGAGGAAAGCCGCCACUGCUUCACCCAGAGUGUGUAACUAUCACUGUUCCGGAUUUUCAUUGUCGUUUAUGUGCUCGACUGUUUUGUUUUUAGGAUGCAUUUACAAAUUCGGUGCCAUAGUCAGAAAUCACUCCUCUCCGUUUUCCACAUAUCGCCCUUCUGAAUUUUACUCUUCCCGCCUCAGCUCACCUAAAACUCUGCUAGUGUACAGAACAGCGUCAGCGUAGGCACUCCCAGACAUUUCUCGCGUUAGAUGUUGAAAUGUUGCGUCUCGUCGUGUGCUUCCCCCUGUGUUGUUUAACUGCAGUCCACGCACAUGCCAAGAUUUGUGAAGACUCAGGAUAUACAUCAAGGUGUUUUUUACUGCUGGACUGCUGAGCUGACUUCCUGAAGCAGCCAUUUUGUCUACCAAAUCCUUUUAUUUACAGUGUACGGAUAGGAGCACCCCUUGGUUUGUUGUUUGUUUUUUACAUGUACUCCUUUGUAUGUCACUUUGGACUUGGUGGUCUUUAUUUAUUUAUACAUCUUAACGUUGCAGGGACAGUGCGCAUUACAGGACCAGGGUGUAGGAUUUAGUGGCAUCUAGUAGCGAGGUUGCAACCAAGCGAAUGCACCUUGCCUCACCCUUUCCUUGUCGAGCAUGUAGGAGAACCUGCGGUGGCCACAAAACAAACCUCGCUACUGUAGAAAUAUGGUGGUGCAACAUGGCGGACUCCUCAAAAGAGGACCUGCUCCCUUAACACAUAUAAAGAGCUCAUUCUAAGGUACCAGAAACAUAAUGAUGAUGAAUGAUUCUUAUUUUUGGGUGAUUAUACACUAAUGAAAACACACUUGUGAAUAUUAUUUUCCCUUAAAUCUUACACACUGGUCCUUUAAUUGACAUUCGUGUAAAUGUGCCACUUCAGCCAUCCUGGCUAAUUAUCAGCUGCAGUCCCUGGACAGGUGUAAUGACAGCGAGACAUGAAAGUCAUUCAAACAGGAACAGCAAUACAGAACAUAUGGCCGAGCACACUUCAUAAGAACGCGUAAAACACAAACAACAAGACAUAAACAAAGCACGCUUCGGGUGAUCGGGUGUGGUCACGCAGUCGACCGUCUUUUAACCAUGACUUUGAAAUGAUUUUUAAAUGGACGAUAUGUGCAUCACUUCGUAAAUCACAGGAAGUUAGUCGUGCUUGGACCGGCCCUGCAGUAUUUUUGCAUCAAAAAGGCAAUUCUUUGGAUCUUGCAACAAAAUAAAAUUGCCAGAAAUCGACAUUGUUUGACGCAGCUUUAACAUUUGGUUCAACUCUCACCACUGUUUAAGAAGUAAAGUCCAAUAAACUGGCUGCUGUUCAC